CAACACUGGCUGAAACCAGUUGCAGUUUACAGCCAAGAGUUCAUACCAGGGACUGUGUAAUUCAGAACUGGUUUUUUUAGCUGCAAUUUCCCUCACUGCUGGGCAAGAGCAGCAGAGUCCGACAGUGCAUGUGCCGAGAAGUUUGUUUAAAAGUUCCCCCUCUGCCUCUGUACCCUAAAGAACGCUAGAGACACGCUGUUUAAGGGGAGAAUCUGGCAAGAGGCACAGCAAGCUCCAGCCAUGGCUAAGAGUGGUAUUAUUAAGGAAAUAGAGAAAUAUUUUGAUGAUGUUCAAGGCAAGGAAUCUGAAGAGCUGCUGUUCUCCUACAAGGGGGUGCUGUACCCUAUUGGACUGUGCAGUGCUGAGACCUUCCAAGCGCUGGACUCCAUAGAAUUUAGACAAGACGAUGUGUUCCUAGCGGCUUAUCCUAAAUCCGGAACUAAUUGGACUCAACACAUUUUAAAUGACUUGAUAAAUGCACUACCAAAUAAUAAGGAAGUAUCACAAUUAGAACGUAUCCAUGUGCUUGAAUUUGCAGCUUCAGAAAAAUUUCAGAAAAUAAAAAAUGCACCUUCUCCACGUCUCUUUUCCACGCAUCUCCAUUAUGAUGAUAUUCCCAAGGCUGUCUUUGAGAAUAAGGUGAAGGUACUGGUGGUAUUUCGAAAUCCAAAAGAUGUAGCUGUAUCCUAUUACCACUUCUACAACAAAAAUCCUGGGCUUCCAAAUGUCAGCUCCUGGGAUGAGUUCUUUCAGAAGUUCAUGAGUGGAGAAGUCACCUGGAGUUCAUAUUUUGACCAUGCUCUUUCCUGGAACAACCACAUGGAUGAAGAGAAUAUCAUGAUCAUCACAUAUGAAGAAAUGAAAGAGAACUUACCUGGAGAAGUGAAACAAAUAGCUGAAUUUUUGGGGUUCUCUCUGCCUGAGGAGAAGAUUCAGUCUAUUGCAGAGAAUGCCACAUUUGAAUCAAUGAGCAACAAAUCCCAAGAAACACAUGGCACAUUAGCUCCCAUGGUUUUCAGAAAAGGUGAUGUUGGUGAUUGGAAGAAUCUCUUCACUGAAGCUCAGAGCCAGGAAAUGGAUGCCAAAUUUAAAGAGUGUUUAGCUGGAACUAAACUGGGAGCAAAGCUAAAAUAUGAUAAAUACUGCAAAUACUAAAUCUUAACUUCAUUCUGAUGCUACAUCAUCACCUAUUUCACUACCUUUCACAUUUGAGAAUGCAUAGAUUAAAACAAUUUAGAUCUUCACAAAAUAAAGAAAUCAUGAGAACCUAGUAAAUAAUGGGUGAAAUUCUGCUAUUGGGCCUAUAUAGAUUUAAGAGAAGAAUUUGGCUGAACACGUAGAACAUAUGAAUAGUAUACCCAAAGUUUCUGUGCCUAUUUGAGAUUAUAUUUUUUCUUGAUCUGCCAUUAAUUCAAAUUGAGCUCUGCUCCAGAGCCAAACUUUCUGAAAGCUCAGGGUGUUAAACUCCCUGGGCUUUUUCUUUGGGCUCAUCUCUCAGCUUCAGUAGUUGAUUUGGUCCUCUACGCUCCAAUAGUUUCUGCGACCUUGUAUGAAAUUGCUUUAGAGUUCACUGAUUUGUGCUGAUGUCCAAUUUUCAUCCUGGCAAAAGGUUAAAGGAGAACUCCUCCAGGUUCUGUACUAGGUCUAGUGUUGUUUAAUAUAAUUAUUAAUGAUAAAGAAAGGGGGGGUGAAUAAUGAGGUAGCAAAAGUUGCCAACUGAAAUAAGGUGUUGAUGUUAGUCAAGACAAGAGAGGACUGUGAGGAACUUCAAGAGAUCUCAACAAGCUAGGUGAAUGGUUAAGUAGAAGUUUUUCUCCCACCGGCUAGGGAGAAAAACCUCUACUUACCCCUAUUCUUCUUAGCUGUUGGAACAUAAUCAUGCAUAGUUUUAAAAAGGCACUCAUAUGUCUGUCAAUAGAAGGCCCUGGUCGUACCUGACUGAUGCUUCUGCAGCUAUAGGGACAGUUAUGGAGUCACCUCAUUCUGAAGAGGGCACUGUGCACACUACUUGAGCUGUUAAGAGAUGUGAAUGAGAGAGGGCAGGGUAUGAAAAUAGUGCUGAGAUAAAUAUUCUUCAGAUAAAAAUAGUGAGUGGAAGUCCUAUGUAGGAAGCACAUCUAGCAGUGAAGAAAGGGGAAAAAAGCAUUUCCAACCAUUCUUGAGGCACUCUUUUACAUGGGUGUUGGGGGUGUGGCGGCACCCGCUGGCUUGAAGUGGUUUCCAUCAUAUACAGGGUUUAGAGUUUUGUUUAUGGCUUUCAGCACUUCCACUAUACAAAUUGUUCCAGAGCCACUGCUCUCUUAUCAAAGGGUCCCAGGGCAGUUACACCAGGGGUCAUCAACCUUCAGCACGUGGCCCAUCAAGGUAAUCCGCUGGCAGGCUGUGAGACAUUUUGUUUACAUUGACUGUCCGCAGGCAUGCCCCCCACCCCCGCCGCAGCUCCCAGUGGCUGUGGUUCGCCGUUCCUGGUCAAUGGGAGCUAUGGGAAGCAGCAUCCAGCACGUCCCUGUGGCCCGCUGCUUCUCACCGCUCCCAUUGGCCGGGAACAGUGAACCAUGACCACUGGGAGCUGCCGGGGGUGGGGUGGGGAGGGCGUGCCUGCGAACAGUCAAUGUAAACAAAAUGUCUUGUGGCCCACCAGCGAAUUACCCGGAUGGGCCGUGUGCCGACAGUUGCCGACCCGAGUUACACAAAUAUAUUAGCAAUGGUUUGUCAUCUCUGUGUGGUGGUGGCAGCAGCAGUAGUGAUGUUUGCCUGUGAACCACUCCCCUCUGCUGGACAUAAACAGAACUAUGUGUGACUACUGCUAGUUUCUCAAAAUUCUUAAACCUAGUGUGUAUCAAGCGACAGAGGGUCCUGUGGCACCUUUGAGACUAACAGAAGUAUUGGGAGCAUAA